AUGGGACGGAGCUGCUCCUUCCUCCUGCUCCUCUUCCUCCUGAACCCGGGGCCCAGAGCCACUGUGGCACUCCUGCAGUACCGCCAUGACUGCGGAAAGUUGGGAAUGCAGCUCCUGGUCUUCCCGCCCCAUGGCCACACCGUCCGCUUCAAGGUUCUGGAUGAGUUUGGCUCCCGCUUUGACGUGGCCAACUGCUCCAUCUGCCUCCACUGGCUGAAUUCCAGGGAGGACGGCUCUGUCAUCUUCUCCUCUGGCUACAAGGGCUGCCAUGUCCUGUUCAAGGAGAACCACUACGUCCUGCGGGUGCAGCUGGAGGAGCUGCUGUCCAGCGGGAUCCCCAUCACCUCCUACGAGGUCAACAUGACCUGCCCCAAGCCGGGUGGCUCUGAGAUGCUCCCAGAUGGAACCUGGGAGAAGACCCGGGACAGCGGAGUGCUGUUCUCCCACACUGGCCUGCACCAGGUCUCGGAGUCCUCCCUCACCCUCACGGGAUCCCACUUCACAUCCCAAGACCACGUAGAGCAGGUUCAUACCGUGGGACAGUACCAGCCCAGCUCAGUGCUUCCCGGGAUCCAGCACCAUUCCAGUCCAGCCCACUCGGGGCUUCUGUCCCAGCCUGGUGGGGUUCAUCCUGUCAACCAAAUCCAGGGAAGCUUCUUCCAACCAGCAGUGCAACCCCCCCAGUCUGGGGGCCAGAGCCAGCCAGGGAUCCUUCGCCCAGUGCUCGUAUCCCAAAACCAUCCCAGUUUGGGGCAUCAGGGGGGUCAGUCCCAGCCGGGGCACCUGCGUCCAGGGUCUGUAUCCCAUAAUCAGCCUGGGAUGAUGCAUCUCGGGGGUCAAAACCAACCUGGGAAUCGCCCAGGGUCUGUAUCCCAUAAUCAGCCUGGGAUGAUGCAUCCCGGGGGUCAAAACCAACCUGGGAUUCGCCCAGGGUUUGUAUCCCACAACCAGCCUGGCUUGACCUCCACUGGUGCCCAGACUCCAGCAGGAUUCCUGCAGCCGGGAGCUCAGCCCCUAAACCAGCCAGGAAUAUCUCGUCCCAGUCAUCACUCCAACUCCCCAACCAGGCUCCCAGGCCACACUGGGCUGCUCCAUCCCAGCCCAGCUUUGGUGCACCCAGGACUCUCAUCCUGGCCAGGUUUCAUCAGCCCUGGACUCCAGGCUGAGCCCCAGCCAGGUCUGGGACGCCCUGGGCUGCAGGCCCAGCCUGGAUUGCUGCAUCCUGGGAUUCACACCCAGCCCAGCCUGCUGCAGCCCACAGCGCUCUUCUACCCCUCACCAGGGGCAGGAAUGCAGCUGACACGGGAGCAGUGCCAGGUGCCAGUGGGCCGGAUGCCUUGCGUGGCUCCACAGGGACGGGAUGCAUGCCUGCAGGCGGGAUGCUGCUACGAUGACAUGGACCGUACCACACCCUGCUACUACGGGAAUAUCGCCACCGUGCAGUGCCUGCUGGAGGGACACUUUGUCCUGGUGGUCCCACGGGGAAUGGUGGCCCUGCCGUACAACCUGGACAGCGUGCGGCUGGCCAGCAGCCAGGCAGGAUGCGAGCCCCGCCACGUGUCCGAGGCCUUCGUCAUGUUCCGCUUCCCGGUCACCCACUGCGGCACCACCGUCCAGGCGAUCGAGGACAUGCUCAUCUAUGAGAACCAGCUGAUCUCCACCAUCGAUGUCCAGGGAUCCCCCCGUGGAUCCGUCACUAGGGACAGUGUCUACAUUCUCCGAGCUCGGUGCAUCUACAAUGCCAGCGACCUCCUUCCCUUGGGAGUGGAGGUGGCCGUGCCCCCCACAGCCGCCCCCCUGGCCAUGCUGGGCCCGCUGGGGCUCCAGCUGCGGAUUGCCACCGGUGAGUGCCCCCUAUCCCGCUCCCUCUCCUGCUCCCCAUCCCACUCAACCCCUCACAACAUUCCCACAGAUGAAUCCUACAGCUCCUACCACGCUGCGGGUGACUUCCCCCUGGUGAGGGUGCUCCGGGACCCCAUUUACGUGGAAGUCCGGCUGCUGCAGAAGACAGAUCCCAAUUUGGUGCUGGUGCUGCACCACUGCUGGGCCUCCCCUGGCUCCCACGCCACAUCCCAGCCCCAGUGGCCCAUCCUGGUGGAGGGGUGUCCCUACCAAGGGGACAACUACAGGACACGGCUGAUUCCAAUGGGUCCGGCCUCUCCGGAGCUGCCCUUCCCAAGCCACUACCAGCGCUUUGUCAUCUCCACUUUUGCCUUCGUGGAGCCCCCCGGAAUGGCUGUGCUUGAGGGGGAGGUGUACAUCUCCUGCAGUGCUUCCGUGUGCCACCUGAGCCAGCCAGAGCCCUGCCGGCCCUCCUGCCAGCUGGGAGUGCCCUCACGAGUGCGGAGGUCUCCGGGGGACAGGAGGACAGGUGACAGCAUGGGGACAGUCACAUCCCAGGGAUGCCUUGUCUUUCCUGAGGCUCCCAAGAGAGGGGGAACUCAGCAGAGAGGCUGAGGGAGGAGUGCCUUCUGCUCCCUAAAAACCCCUCCCUCUAAAUUAUCUCCUCCCCCUCUUCCUCCUCCCAGCUCCAGCCUCUACCUGGAUGCUGUUGGAUGUCUCUGGGAAAGCUGGAAAAAUAAAACUAGUGCAAAGCAUG